CAAGCUCUUCGGUGCCCUGGGGUCCAUCUUUCUCUCCAGUAGACCAGAAUAACAGCCAGGAUGCCCCAGACAGACACCUUUCACCCAGGCGCGUCUCCCCAGCCGCCACUGAGGCCGGCCAAGCACUGGCUUCAGCACCAUCCAGUCAAAUAAGACGACCCCCAACUCCUGCUGCUUCAGUGGCUCGUGAAGCCUCUUCACGGUCAAGUGACUCUACCAGCUCGACCCGAUCUCUGGAUACCUACGACAAAACCAUCAUAGCAGCAACCGCGACGCUAGCCUACCUUCAAAGCAAGUGUGGCGAGGGCAAGUCACCCUGGGACUUCGGAGACAAUGGCUGCGCCACCAAGGUCACGGUGUUGACGAAGCUUGCAAAAGGCCUGCUACGAUUCCCCGGAGAGAGGAUUGCAAUUUCCGCAGACAUUUUCCAAAAAACCAUUCGUCUCACAAUCGCCCAUGACAGUGGGAAUUGCCUACAGCCCGACUUGGACAAGCAAGCAAAAGAAGGGCCCAAAAAGGAAGUCUAUGAGUAUGGAGACAUUGCUAUCGAAGCAUUUCAAGGCAUAUGCCAUGACCAAGGCAGCAACAGAGGGACUACCCAUGCUGAGGGGCACCUAGUGAUGCUGCGAAAUAUCAUCGCAGGCAAUGGGGAAUCGAAACCACAAGGGAACACCCAGC